CAAGAUUUGUAUUUGCUUGUGUUUUGAUUUUCGUCCUUUUGUAAAUUGAGUGGGUUUAAUAUUUUACAAAAAUCUAUAUUUAUUUGAUAUCACCGUAUUAUGGAACCAGAUAAAAUCAAAGUUGAACAAAUAGAAGUAAAACAAGAAGUUGGUGAAGACAUCUUGAAAGCAGAAAUAGAUAAUUAUGAGAUGUGUGAUACUCUUUCCCAUACCGAGUAUACCUUCAAAAUUGAGAUUAAUGAGAAUGAGGAGCUCAAGAAAGAAAUUACGAAGGAUGAAUUUGAGUAUUCAGUUUCAAACGAGACUGGUAUAAAGACGGAAUUAGAACAAGAUGAAGAAAAACAAACAGAUGAAAAAAGUUUUCCCUAUGAAGAUAUACAACCUGAUACAAGCAAAGAAUUCGGACAUCUAGGUGAACUGGAAAGUAGUUUGGACCAAUAUUCAAGUGCCUCGACAAAUGUGAAUGCGGAAAAAAACUAUUUUACCUGUGAAAUUUGCAAAAAACAAUUUUCAGCAAACAAAUAUUUAAAAACACAUAUGAAUGUGCCCACGGCAAAAACAGUUUUCACGUGUGAAAUAUGCACCAAUAACUUUUCCGAAAGAUUUCAUUUAAAAUCAUAUGGGAAAACUCACCCUAUAGAAAAAAAACCUUUAUUAACGUGUAAAAUUUGUUUUAAAGAAUUUAUUAGAAAAAGUGAUUUAAAAAUACAUAAAAAAGAACAUACUGGUGAAAAAUCUUUUGCAUGUGCAAUUUGCUCUAAAAUGUUUUCACAAAAAUCCAAUGUAAACAAACAUAUGAUAAUACACACUGGAGAUAAACCUUUUACAUGUAAAAUUUGCCUCAAAUUAUUUUCUCAAAAAUUCAGUUUAAAAGGCCAUAUGAGAAUACACACUGGAGAUAAACCUUUCACGUGUGAAAUUUGUUGCAAAUCAUUUUCGCAAAAAUUCAAUUUAACGGAACACAUGAGAAGACAUACUGGAGAUAAACCUUUUAAAUGUGACAUUUGCUCCAAAUUGUUUUCUCGGAGAUCCAAUUUAAAAGAACAUAUGAGAAUACACACUGGGGAAAAACCUUUCACAUGUGACAUUUGCACCCAAAAGUUUUCACAAAGUUCUAAUUUAAAAAGGCACAUACAAAUACACACUGGUUAAAAAAUUGUCUGCUACUAUAUUUAUUAUAUUUUUUUAACACGUUGAUCGCCAUAAUGAUAAUAUUUUUUGCCUUUUCCCAGGCCAAUUUAUUUUCUUCGUUUAAAACGCAUAAAAAUGCUGUACAAAAACAACGCAUUUCUUAAAUAUAGCAAAAUUUCUUUCUAAACAUGAUUUGUAAUGGACAGGGGGCGCUGAAGAUUUCAAAGGUUGACGAUAACUUCGGGAAAUAAAUCAUUUUGUCAUUUGAUCUCUAAGCUAUAAAACGUUUAAUAUAUAUCAUUUACACAUGUGUUUUGCCAAAGUAAAAGUUGGAGUACUUUCUUCAAAGUUUAUUUGUUUGUGAUUCGAG